AUGGAUAAUACAAUACCAACAAAAUUGAUUCUUUUCAAGAAUGAUGAAAAUACCUUUAAAGAAUUAAUUAAGGACUUUUAUGAGAAAAUCAUCAAUACGGUUUCUUUUGAUAAUUUUGAGAAUUCAUCAAUCGAAUGGAUAAAGAUCACACUUGUACAAAACGAUUUAAAUGUUGAAACAUUCCUUGAAUUCAUGCAGAAUCAUGAAGAGAGUGAAACAUGGUUUUCUAGUUUAAUUGGGUUUUUUUAUCAACAUGGGAUAGGGUGUAACGUUAAUGAAGAUGUCGCAUUGAAAAUGUAUUCGUUGGCAAUUAAACAAGUUGAAAUUGUUAAUAACACAAUAGCAAAAUAUUUAUUAUCGUUGUUUUAUUAUAAGGAUAUCAUUUUAUCUAAAGGUAAUUCGGGGAAUUCGAUUGGUUUGACCAUGAUUAAACCCAAAGUUAUAAUUUCGCAAUUUAAAAAUUUUAAAGAUAUUCAUAAAUUAAAUGCGAAUGUAAUUGAACAUGAUGAUGAAAGGAAAAGUUAUUCGAAAUUAGAAGAAAAUUUAAAUUUUGAUAAUAAUAAUCCUGAAACUUGUAAUAAUGAAGAAGAAGAAGAAAAUCUUGAUUUCGGAACUACUUAUUCGGGAUUUUCUUAUUGUCAUGUAGCAUCUGAUAACAAAGAAAUUGUUACAAACGAUCAAUGGCCUGAUAACGCUGGUCAAUUUAAAACAAACACUGUUCUUCAAUAUGAUAAAUACUUCGAUAAAGUGGAAAAAUGGGGAAAGCCUGCUUUAUCUAAACGAAGUCGAAGGGGUGAACAUAAAUCAGAGACUAGACCCGUGGAAUUAUUUAAAUUACAUUUGGGAAAUUUAGAUGAAAAAUUAAGACCUAAACUUCCUAUUAAAUAUAAAAAAGCUAUUACUGACUACCUUGAAGAAAUUGGAAAGUUAAUUAGAAAUACACUUAAAAUCCAUUGGGAUGACGUAGAUUUAUUUAAGAAUGUCCUUUUGGUACUCAGUGUUCCCGCAGAAUAUUCAGAAAAAGAAAAGGCGAUAUUGAGAAAAUGUGCAUACAAUGCCAAAUUAAUUGACGACAAAAAUACACAAUUUUUACAAUUUACUACUGAACCCGAAGCUGCUGCAGUCUAUUGUAUGGAAAGUUGUUUAAGAGAAUACGAUACGACUGGUAUAGGAACAACUUUCAUGAUUGUUGACUGUGGAGGAGGGACAGUGGAUUUAACAACUCGAAAACUUGUAGGUGAAAAAAAAGUUGGUGAAGUUACUGAAAGAGCAGGGGAUUAUUGUGGAAGCACAUUUAUCGACCAAGAAUUUCUCAAGUUUUUGGGAAAUCUUUUAGGAGACUCUGCAAUCAACCAGUUAAAAGGAAAUAAUUAUAAACAGUUGCAAUAUAUGGUACAAAAAUUUUGUCGGCAUGCCAAACUUCCUUUCACAGGUGAAGAUAAAAAUUUUCAUUAUGAAUUAGAUAUUUUGGAUACAGCACGUGAAUUGCAACAAUAUGUUACUGGUAGCUUUAAAAAUUCAAUGGAUAAAAAUGAAUGGAUUAUUGAUAUUAAUUAUGAUGAUAUUAAAUCAAUGUUUGAUCCGAUUGUUGAUAGAAUCAUUAAUUUAAUAACGGUACAACUUCAAAAUUGUCGUAGUGAAUGUUCAACGAUGUUUUUAGUUGGUGGGUUUAGUCAAUCAGCAUAUUUACAAAGUUGCAUUAAACUAAAAUUCAAAGAUAGGGUGAAGACGAUUUCAGUUCCUACUCAUCCCAUUGCUGCCAUAGUUCGUGGCGCUACAUUAUACGGUUUAGGAUUUUAUGACAAGAUCAAUAAUUUAGAAAAUGGGGAUAAUGUAAGAUGUAUUUUAACCACUCGUGUAUUAAAAUUCACUUAUGGAAUUGAAAUUUAUGAAAAUUGGAAGUCAACUGAUCCAAAAGAACGAAAGAAUUUUAGAGGCGAUAUUUUGAAAUUUCAUCGUAUUGCUAAGCGAGGAGAAGAAAUUGAAAUUGACAAAGAGAUCAUUGUAAGAAAUUUUUGUCGCAUUGAUCUUUUGCAAAAAAUUGUGGUAUUCUCUAUAUAUUACACACGAGAAUAUGAUGCCGAAUAUUGUGAUGAACCUGGGAUGGAAUUAUUAGGAAAGCUCAAGAUAAAUUUUCCGAAUAGUGAGUUUAAUAGAAAUGUUAGCUUUGGUUUAUCUUUUGGCAGCAUGGAAAUUACUGCCACCGCAAAAAAUGAAAAAAAUGGUCAAAACUAUCUUGCUACUUUUGAAAUAGAAAAAGAGAAUGAUUGA